AUGGCUUCCAAAUCCCUCCUCUUCCUCCUCUUCACCCUCCUCCUACUCUUCCUCUCUUCCUCCUCCGCCCACCUCUCCGUCGACACAUCCCUUAAACUCAUGGCCGACGCCCUCGAAUGGCCCACCACCACUUCCCUCAUCCAAUCCCCCACCGACGACGACCUCGACGACGAUCUCGACCUACAACAAGACCCCCGCAGAUCUCUCUUCUGGAGGCGAGUCCACUACUACAUUUCCUACGGUGCCCUCUCCGCCAACCGGAUCCCUUGCCCACCCCGCUCCGGCCGUCCUUACUACACUCACAACUGCUACAAAGCUCGUGGCCCUGUCAAUCCUUACUCCCGCGGCUGCUCCGCCAUCACUCGCUGCCGACGCUGA